AUGACAGUAAAAUAUAACCUGGAUGUAUCUACUUCUCGACCUUGGACACUGUUUAAAUUACUAUUUCGGUGGCGUGGAAGUGUUUGGAAGUCAGUGACAUUUGAACUUGCUAUUUGGUUGGUACUGUAUUUUAGCAUUGCUGCUAUUUAUCGAAAUCGGUGCAAAUAUUUUUCUAAAAAUAUGCAAAUUUGCAGGGCAUUUGAAAAACUUGUUCAUUUUUUGGAUGAAAAAUUAACAUACAUCCCAAUAGAUUUCAUGCUUGGCUUCUUCGUUACUUCUGUACUGAAUCGUUGGCUAACAUUUUUCGAUAACAUUGGUUACAUUGACAAGUACGCAUGUCACUUUUACUUUUGCACUAUUUUUAUUCAUAACUUUCCAAUUUUUUUUAUCAAAUAUAUAUGCUCAGUAUUAUCACAUUGUUUCAAUUGCAAUGAACGAUUUAGUAUAGCGCUGAUGACAGCAGCUUAUGUUCGUGGAAAUGAUGAAACAUCACGUAAAAUGCGUCGUAAUAUUGUUCGCUACUGCGUGUUGUCUCAAGCUCUUGUUUUCCGUGAUAUUAGCAUGAAAGUGAGAAAACGAUUUCCGACAAUGAAUGCCGUCAUUGCGGCAGGUUUCAUGAUGCCACAUGAAAAACUGAAAUUAGAUGAAGUUCAAUAUCGUUACGACAAAUAUUGGAUACCAUUCCAGUGGGCUUUGGCUAUUUGCGAUGAUGCGCGACAGCAGCAAAAAAUUGCAAGUGAUUGGCUACAUAGAAAAGUUGGAGAGGAAAUCAAACGAUUUCGUACAAAUAUGGCAAAUUUGUAUAAUUUUGACUGGGUACCACUUCCGAUAAUGUAUCCUCAAACUAUUGUUUUAGCAGUGCACUUGUAUUUUUUCAUCUGCUCCAUCUCAAGGCAACAUAUUCUAUCCGAUGAAGCACCAAACAAGUCUAAAGUAAGUACAUUUUUAAUGUUCCAAAAUUUUAUAUUUUAUAUGGGUUGGCUGAAAGUAGCGGAGGCGAUUCUGAAUCCAUUCGGAGAGGAUGACGAUGACUUUGAGUGCAAUUUUCUACUCGACAAAAACUUGGCUGUAGGUUUAACUAUUGUUGAUCAAGGCUAUAAUCAACCACCAAUUAUCAAAAAAGAUCCAUUUUGGGAAGUACCUGUUGAACCACUUUACACUGAGCAGUCUAUGGUGCUAGAGCGACAAAUGAGUGGUAUUACAGGUUCGAUCGCCCACGUGAAGUUAGUUCAUUUAAGCUUCGAACUUCGUUUUUAA